ACUGAUAAGGGAGAUCGUCAUCCACUGCUGCACCCGUUCGUGCAGCUGGACUACGUAGAACACAAGGAUAUCACAGGGCAGAGCUGGUGUGUUGAGAGACUCCGUUUAGGAGGACAAUCACAUGCAGCGGGCAAAGUCUGCAGUGGACUUCUCCAGCCUGCUGAACCCAGAGGUUGCGGCGGACGGUGAUCUAGCCUCGCCGUCACAGCAUCCAAAUCAACAGCAGAGUGAGGCCGAUAUGGCGACCGCUGGCCUCAUCCGGCCGAAUGGGCCCGUGCCGGCUGGUGCACCGCCGGCGGAGCAGCCUACCGAGCUCCCGCGUCCGUACAAGUGCCCAAUGUGCGACAAGGCGUUCCACCGUCUGGAACACCAGACCCGUCACAUUCGCACGCACACUGGAGAGAAGCCGCACGCCUGCCAGUUCCCCGGCUGCAGCAAGCGCUUUUCGCGCUCUGACGAGCUGACCCGGCACUCGAGGAUACACAACAACCCGAACUCGCGGAGAGGAAACAAGAGCCACCCGCAGCAUGCCGGCAUGAUCCAAAGAUUGCAGCCCGAGGUCAUGGCACCGCCGCCGGGGCCCAAGAUGAUCCGUUCUGCUCCUCCCACGACCCUGUCGUCGCCCAACGUCUCACCUCCUCACUACAGCUCCUACAACCUGAACCUACCUCCGCCUCUGAAUCUCGGGCCGUACAACCGCAGCCAGAGUGGCCCGGACAUGGCCAUGUUAGCACGUGCGGCGGGCCAGGCCGAUCGGGACGGACAGCACUACCCCCCUUCGGCGAGACAGCACCCUUAUUACGGCAGUGGCAUGCAGUCUGCACGGAAUCCGUUGCCGGGUCUCGGACAAUACCACAUAUCGCGUUCGCACCCGCACGACGAUCACGACGACCACUACGGCCACAGCUACAGGCAGGCCAAGAAGUCGAGGCCUAACUCGCCCAACUCGACAGCCCCCUCAUCGCCCACAUUCUCCCACAACUCACUGUCCCCGACACCGGACCAUACGCCACUCGCCACGCCGGCUCACUCGCCUCGUCUGCGGCCCUACAGCGGCAUUGAGCUGCCCCCGUUCCGCAACCUGAGUCUGCAGCACACCCCGGCGUUGGCCCCGCUCGAACCGCAGCCGGGUGGCCUGGCCCCUCCGCCUCAGCCGGCAUCCAGGAGCAACGGCAUCUCCUUGACUGACAUCAUCAGCCGGCCUGACGGCGCCCAGCGGAAAUUGCCCGUGCCGAAAGUGGCGGUCCAUGAUCUUCUAUGCUCAAGCGACGGGUUUCCUGCGAGCGGGCGGAGUUCGUCGUCCAACAGCCUCUCGGGGGUUGAGCUGUACGACAGGUUGUGAGGAGUUUCGUGUCUCGAGACUCGCAUCUCAGCAACCUCUCAACGACAUGACUAAUGACCCUGGGCAAUCUAUAGAAGCGAUAUAUAACCACCGGCGUUUUUGGACUUUUCUCCCCUUCUUAUUUUCUUGGCGCACCCUGACUCUUUAAUAUCGACUGGAAAGCAAUCGGAUCUACGUAUCAAAGCGGGUGCGGGUUUCUUGGACUCGGGACGGAUAGACAUCACCACUU